AAUGCUAUACUCAAUCAUUUUGUAAAUAUGUAGGAUGAGAAUGAGAAGGAAAUUUUGGCGUAUGUUGCAAUGCGGGUAGGAAGUUUGGCUUUGCUUUUCAAGGAAGCAGUGGCAAAUAUCACUCCCUUUCCGGAAAAUGAUGAAGUCCUUUCCGACAAGAUAGAUCAGCUUGCAAAGAAGAUUCUUGAGGAGUUUUCUACCACAGUGAAGGAUUACACAACAGUCAAUGGAGUGGAUAAGAAAAGAAACGAGUUGACUGCUCAAAUUCAGGAUACGCACGCUCGUUUGCUCAAGAAGAAUACUGCGUUGAUGGCCGCGUUCUGCUACGAUCCUCUUCAGGAAGCCUACAGAGAACUCCGUAUGCAGGAUUGCGAGAUGACCUACAACAACAUAUUUAGGACCCGGGCAUGGUGGUCUCGAAAAUGUCUCUGGCCUGGACCUCGUAAUACAUUCGGGUUCAAGUAUGCUGCUUUCCAAGCUGCACAAAAGCACCUUAAUAAAGCACAAUUUGAGCCUCGCAAGGCAGGUCAAGCUGUUGGAAUGGUCCUUAGCCCUGCAACUCGGAACAAGGUGAUACAGUCUUGGGUUGAGAAUGACUUGGCACGUUUUUCCACAACAGUUCUUGUUAACUUCAGUGCGCUGAGUGCUAACGUUGUGAUUCUUUUAAUUACAAUUUCAUGGCUAUUUGGAGGGUUGGGUUUGAGCCGAGGCAGCAAUAAUAGCCCGACCAGAGAGCCUCACAGCUCGUUUUUGAAGCCAUCUCCUUUCAAACAGGAUGGCGCUUUCUACUCAAGAGCCCCAAAUCGUAAUUACCGCUAGAUGCAGAAUAUCGCUCGAGGCACCUGGGGUUAAUACUGUGUAUGGUACCAUUUCAUGCAGCUUUCUUCUUGCAGGCACCCAGCAUUACUGAUUACAUUCAUUAAUGUACUUGUACAGCUCUUCAUGAUAUUUUAGUCGUGCCCUGAGCUCCCGAGAUGCGGGGUUGCUACUGAAUAUCUCGUCUCAAGUGUAGCAUACAUUGUAGGAAAGUAAAGAAAUUCUAGUGUGCGAUUGUCGUACAGGUUAGAUCUAUCCGAGUUUGGCGUAGUUGUCAGUAAUACGUAAAGCCAUGAUGCCUCUUUACCAGGUGUGUUCCUCUCCAAUUUAAUAUUUUCCUUUUCUCAAGCGGUGAAUGGAAAUCUGCAAAAUUAAUUCUUUAUCAAGAAAAUGGGGGAAUAACUCCAUGAAGAAACUGGGUAUGAUUAGGACAGACAAGAUGAGAGGUAGGACAUGCAAGCCGUGGCUCCUGAUCAUUAACAAGUGGGCAUACUACUGUUUUCUUGUCCUUA